AUGGCGUCCCCAACGGAGAACCACAAGACCUACACCAAAUGCGUGGGCCCAGAUUACCGGCCAGAGAAGCCUAUAGCAACCGUCUCGACGGAGGUGCCCUACGAUAAUGUGCACACGCUGAAGCAAACGCCGCAGCUCAUUGCUCUCUUGACCAUGAUCCGAGACAAGAACACCCAGCGAGCCGACUUCAUAUUCUACUCGAACCGAAUCAUUCGAUUACUCGUCGAAGAGGGCCUGAACCAUCUGCCAGUUGUCGAACAUGCGAUUACCACCCCGGUAGGUCGAACAUAUGCAGGCGUCAUGUUCCAAGGGAAGAUCUGUGGCGUGUCGAUUAUGCGAGCUGGCGAGGCCAUGGAGCAGGGUCUGCGAGACUGCUGUCGGUCUGUCAGGAUUGGGAAGAUCUUGAUCCAGCGCGAUGAGGAGACUUCGCAGCCGAAGUUGUUCUAUGACAAACUCCCAGAAGAUAUCGCGGACCGCUGGGUGCUGCUGCUGGAUCCGAUGUUUGCUACGGGCGGUUCUGCGACAAUGGCUGUUGAUGUGCUCAUAAGUCGAGGGGUUCCAGAGAACCGGAUCCUGUUCUUGAAUCUUAUUGCCAGUCCGGAAGGCAUCCAUACAUUUGCCAAACGAUUCCCCAAGCUGAGGGUGGUCACGGCUUUCAUAGAUGCGGGUCUCGAUGAGAAGAACUAUAUUGUACCGGGGCUGGGUGAUUUUGGCGACAGGUUCUAUACGAUGUAG